CUUGCGUCAGACCCGGAAGUGAUGUUAAGUCAGCAGACUCAGUAAAAACAACAACAUCGCCGCGCUGUCCGUUGAUAACGGUUAUUUUACCCGAAAAACCCUGACUAGGGAGAGGGUAGAGAUGUGGAUCCAACCGGAGGAGGUUCUACUGGCCGGAGCUCUGUGGGUGUCUGAGCGGGCAAACCCGUUCUUUAUCCUGCAGAGGAGGAAGGGACACGGCCGCGGGGGGGGGCUGUCUGGUUUACUGGUUGGGACUCUGGAUGUGGUGCUGGACUCCAGCGCCAGAGUGGCUCCUUACAGGAUCCUGCUGCAGACUGCAGACUCUCAGAUCUACUGGAACGUGGCUUGUGGCUCAUCCAGGAAGGAGAUCACUGAGCACUGGGAUUGGCUGGAGUCCAACCUACUCCAGACAAUCUCCAUCUUUGACAACGAUGAAGACGUUACCACGUUUGUCAAAGGAAAAAUCUCUGGCAUCAUUGCGGAGGAGAACCGGCUGAAGCAGGGUGAGGAGCAGGAAGAGGAUUGUGGAAAGUUUCAAGAGGCAGAGCUGAAGAUGAGGAGGCUGUUUGCGAUGCCUGAAGAGGAGAAGCUGGUGAAUUAUUAUUCCUGCAGCUACUGGAAGGGCCGAGUGCCGCGCCAGGGCUGGCUCUACCUGUCCGUCAACCACCUGUGUUUCUACUCUUUCCUAUUGGGCAAGGAGGUGACCCUGGUGGUGCAGUGGACGGAGGUGACCCAGCUGGAGAAGAACGCCAAUUUGGUGUUUCCAGAGAGUGUUCGUGUCAGCACGCGUCACACUGAGCAUUUCUUCUCCAUGUUCCUGAACAUCAACGACACCUUCAAGCUGAUGGAGCAGCUCGCCAACAUUGCCAUGCGCCAGCUGCUCGACAACGAGGCCUUUGCUGCCGACCUGACGCUGCCCAAACCCUGCAAGACACUGAAGAAUGUCUCCAUACUCAAGAGGGAUCUGGACGCGAGGGCGAAGAACGAGCGCUAUCGGACAAUGUUCCGUCUGACGCAGGACGAGCGCCUGGACGGACACACGGACUGCACGCUGUGGACGCCGUUUGCUAAGAUGCAUGUGGUGGGACAGCUCUUCAUCUCCAACAACUACAUCUGUUUCAACAGCAGAGAAGAAGGCUUGUGUCAGCUCAUCAUCCCUCUCAGAGAGGUGUCCAUUGCGGAGAAGGCGGACAGCAGCAGUGUGCUACCGUGUCCCGUCUCCAUCAGCACUAAGAACAAGAUGAAUUUCCUGUUUGCCAACCUCAAAGACAGAGACUUCCUGGUCCAGCGCAUCUCUGACUUCCUGCAGCGCACGCCGGACAGCUCGCGAGGCGACACGAGCCCGCUGUGUCUCGUCGGCCCCUCUGCCUCAUCCAUGUCCUCAGGGUCAGAGGCUGUCCACGAGACUCCUCACUACCACCCUGGUCUGUCCACAGCCAGCCAGGGUUUACUGCAGCUCUACCACCAAGACGCCCGGGAGGACCUGGGGCCCAAAGCUAUGAGGGAGAAGAUGAAGGAGGAGGCGUGGAACAUACAUUUCUCGGAGUUCGGUCGAGGUGUCUGCAUGUACCGAACCUCGAGAACCAGAGAGCUGGUCCUCAACGGGAUCCCAGAGAGCCUAAGAGGAGAGCUGUGGCUGCUGUUCUCAGGAGCACAGAACGAGAUGGCCACCCACUCUGGCUACUACGGUGACCUGGUGGAGCAGGCCAUGGGGCUGUGUUCAUUGGCCACCGAGGAGAUUGAGCGUGACCUUCACCGCUCAAUGCCAGAGCACCGUGCAUUCCAGAACGAGACGGGCAUCGCGGCACUGCGCCGCGUCCUCACCGCCUAUGCCCACCGCAACCCCGGGAUCGGGUACUGUCAGGCGAUGAACAUUGUCACUUCCGUCCUGUUGCUCUACUGCCCAGAGGAGGAAGCCUUCUGGCUGCUGGUGGCUCUGUGUGAGAGGAUGCUGCCCGACUACUACAACACCAGGGUUGUGGGUGCUCUGGUGGAUCAGGGAGUGUUUGAGGAGUUGACUCGAGCCUUCCUCCCUCUUCUGUAUGAACACAUGCAGGAGCUGGGUGUGAUUUCCACCAUCAGCCUGUCCUGGUUCCUCACACUCUUUCUGUCUGUGAUGCCCUUCGACAGCGCUGUCCUAUUAGUCGAUUGCUUCUUCUACGAAGGAAUCAAGGUCACCUUCCAGGUGGCGCUGGCUGUGCUCUAUGACAACAUGGAUGCCCUGCUGUCCUGCAGCGAUGAGGGAGAAGCCAUGACCAUCCUGGGCAGGUACCUGGAUAAUGUUGUAAACAAACAGACUGUGGCUCCUCCCAUUCCUCACCUGCAUGCCCUACUGACAAGUGGAGACGAUCCUCCACCUGAGGUUGACAUCUUUGAUCUCAUCAAGUCUUCCUAUGAGAAGUUUGGCAGCUUGCACUCUGAUGUCAUUGAACAGAUGAGGUUUAAACAGAGGUUAAAGGUCAUCCAGUCACUGGAGGACACGGCCAAGAGGAGUGUGGUUAGGGCGAUGAUGACGGAGUCCGCCUUCAGUAUUGAGGAGCUGGAGGAGCUCUACUGUCUCUUUAAGUCCAAACACAUGACGAGCUGUUACUGGGGCUCCAGCAGCUCUGCAGCCGAGCGCCACGAUCCCAGCCUUCCUUACUUGGAGCAGUACCGCAUUGACCCAGCUCAGUUCACCCAGCUGUUCACGGCACUGGGUCCCUGGGUCUGUGGAGGCCACACCUCCACCCUGUCGACCCGCCUCUUCAGACUGUUGGACCAGAACAAGGACGGACUGGUCAACUUCAAAGAGUUCAUCACUGGACUCAGUGGGAUGUACCACGGAGAUAUGACGGAGAAACUCAAGCUGCUGUACAAGCUUCACCUCCCUCCAGCGCUGUGUCCUGAAGUGGCGGAGUCUGCUCUGGAGGCAACACACUUCUUCACUGAGGAGGAGCCACAAGAAUCUUCCCUCUUAUGUGAUGUGGAGAUGUUGGGGCAACCGGAAGUGACACCAGGUGAGGGGAAGGAUGGAGGCAGAGAUAGCGAAGAGAAGAAAGAGGAGAAGGUGAAGGACUAUCGGUACUACCUGAGAAUGUGGGCUACAGAGAAGGAACCCAAGGCCGAGACUAUCAAAGACCUGCCCAGGAUGAACCAGGAGCAGUUCAUCGACCUGUGCAAAACGCUGUACAACAUGUUCAGUGAGGAGCCUCUGGAGCAGGAGCUGUAUCACUCCAUCGCCACCGUGGCCAGCCUGCUGCUGCGUAUAGGGGAGGUCGGCAAGAGGUUCAACAACAACAACGGCGGCGGCAGGAAGGCCGACAACCCUGCCGCUCAGGGUCUGCCCACUGAACCUCAGAGGGAGGAGGCUCAUGGCGAGGGGGGGUUAAGGGAGUCCCAGGUGUGCCUGGCUUUGGCCGACGCUCAGCUGGAGCCAGCAACUCUGGACGAGGAAUCCAAAGACGACGUGUCGCUAUCGUCGUAUUCAGUGGUUAGCUCUGGCUCGUUGCCGUGUGAUGACAUCACUGACAACACUCUGCUUAUUGGUGGCGGGAGGCGGAGGCGGGGAAGCGUGCUAGAUGUCGAUUGGUCAAUCACCUUUGAGCAGGUGCUGGCAUCGCUGCUGACGGAGCCACCACUGGUGGACUACUUUGAGAAGAAGAGGGACUUUAAGAACAAGAUGGCAGCCUGUAAGGCGCAGAGGGCGGUUGAGCGUCAGACAAGCUCCACCUCCGACCACGAACUCACUCAGCAUUCCAUCUGACUCCCCUCUACUGGCCUCUCCUCCACCUGACCCCCCUACACCUGGCUCUCCUCCACCCGUCCACCUCCACCUGACUUCCCUCGACCCGUCGACCUUCAUCUGGGACUCCUUCACUUGACUCCCCUCCACCUAAUAAUCCCAAAUCCUUCCUGUUUAAACUCAAGAACAAAUCAUGAGUUUGAAUGACACAAGUCACAAGUUAAAAAACUAAAAAAAAAUCUCAAAAUCUGUGAAGAAACUGAUGAAAGAUUGAAAGUUAUAGUUUGGAGGAUACAAGUUGUCUGAUGAGCAGGUUAGCAGGUUAUAUGAUAAAGUUUAAGAAUUGUAAAUAACAAAUUAUUCAGUUUUUCAUUGAUUUUAAGAAAAUAAAUCAAAGUAAAUAGUUUUCCUGAGAGAACAAAAUUAUCUGUAAUGGAAAAAUGCUUUAGUUCCUUUACCGAUAUAUAUUAACUAAAUAAUAUCAGCUUUUUUACUUUUACUAUAUUUACGUUACUAAAUCCUUGUUUGUUUGUGCUGGUUGUUUCUGAUGACAUCAUUCCUGUUUACUUCCUGCUGAAACAAUGAUUUCAAAGGGUGUUUUUAAUUCAGCUAUUUUGCUGUAUUUAUUUUUCUUUUAAAAUGUAUCAAGUGAAUUGAGUUAUUUAUCAGUAUUAUGUUGUCUAAUAAAUGAAGUAAAUUCCUUUUUCUCGAGA